GAUCCGAUGGCUCCACCACUGAAUCAGCGGCUCCAGCAUGCCGAAAAUGCCCCGCCGUCAUUGGCUCGCACUGCCCUGUGCAUUAGCGCUGACUCGCAGCCUUGUUCGCGAUGCCCUAAUGCCGGAGCGGCUCUGCUUAUCGCUACGCAUGUCCUUCCAGGCCUAUACUCUGCUAUUUAUGCGUCUCGCUUAUGUUGCUGCAACUUUAUAAAUGCUAUGCCCCUCCCAUGCUGUCACUCACGGUAAACACCAUCUCUUCUCCCCCCAGACACAUCCACCAUGCCCGACCUCGAGGAACAACACGAAAAGGCCUCAACCCCCCUUAUGACCCCGGGUUCCAGCACCACCACCGUGGCCCUGCUAUACCCCGAGACCGACCUAUCCCAAGACAUCAAAUGGACACUCCUUGCCCUAAUCAGCUCCUUCACCUUCAUCUCCCCCCUAGCAUCCAGCAUGUUCUCCCCGGCCAUCGGCUACGUGGCCGCCGAAUUCCGCGUCACCAAUGAAACCCUACUCUCCUUCAGCGUCACCAUCUUCCUCCUCGGCUACACCUUUGGCCCUCUGCUCCUCGCCCCCCUCAGCGAAAUCUACGGCCGCCGCAUCAUCUUCAGCUCCGCAAACUGGUUCUUCGUCGUCUGGCAAAUCGGCUGCGCCCUCGCCCCCAACCUCACCAGCCUCAUCAUCUUCCGCCUCCUCGCCGGCGUCGGCGGCGUCGGCUGCGUCACCCUCGGCGCCGGCGUCAUCGCCGACCUCUUCCCCGUCCAACAACGCGGCAUGGCCACCUCCAUCUGGGCCCUCGGCCCCCUCAUCGGCCCCGUCGUCGGUCCCAUCUGCGGCGGCUUCAUCGGCGAAUCCAUCGGCUGGCGCUGGGUCUUCUGGAUCCUGCUCAUCGCCAGCGGCACCAUCGCAACAGCCAUCGAAAUCCUCAACCGCGAAACCUACGCCCCUGUCCUCAUCCGCUGGAAAACCGAAAAACUCGCCCAAGAACUCCACCGGCCGGACCUCCGCAGCGCAUACGAUGUCGCUCGCGGCACUGCCGUCCCAACCGUCUCCCAAGUCCUGAUCCAGGGUCUCCGCCGUCCCCUCAUCCUCCUGAUUAAAUCCCCCAUCGUCCUCCUACUGUCCACCUACAUGGCCGUCGUCUACGGCCUCCUCUACCUCUUCUUCACCACCAUCACCUCCGUCUUCGAAGAAACCUACGGCUUCUCCACCGGUCUCGCGGGACUCGCCUACCUCGGCAUCGGAAUCGGCUUCUUCAUCGGCUUAACCCUAAUCGCCCUCUCCAGUGACCGAAUCGUCAAGAACCUCACCGCGAAAAACAACGGCGUGUUUCAGCCCGAAAUGCGUCUCCCGACUAUGAUUUUCUUCAGCUGUCUCCUCCCGAUCAGUUUCUUCUGGUACGGCUGGUCAGCCAAGUAUCAUGUGCAAUGGAUCGUGCCGAUCAUCGGGAUGGUUCCGUUUGGAAUCGGGCUGAUUGGGAUAUAUAUGCCGAUUCAGACGUACGUGAUUGAUUGUUAUCCGGCGUAUGCGGCGAGUGCGAAUGCGGCGUUGACGGCGUUGAGGAGUCUGUUGGGGGCGUUGUUGCCACUGGCGGGGCCGAAGCUGUUUAGUAGUUUGGGGUUGGGGUGGGGGAAUUCGCUCUUGGGGUUUAUUGCGUUGGCGUUUGUGCCGGUGCCGAUCUUUUUUAAUAGGUAUGGGCAGAGGAUUAGGGAGAGGUGGACGGUGGAUUUGGAGGGGAAGAAGGAGUAGGUGUUUGUGUUUGGUGGGGGAAAAGUGUAGUUUUGUAUAAAGUUUAGAGAGGAAUGAGUUAUGAC